AUGUCCUCAACCGAUGACGACUAUCGUUGGAAUGUAUUUCGGUCGCACAAGAGGGCAACCUCGGAGAAACCCACACUAACACCAUGGAUGAUCACUUCACUACAAGCCACGAAGGCUGCCCCCUUCUCAAUCGUUCCUUCGCACGGUCCAACACUGGUAACCUCUUCCCAAUGGAAAUUCUGUUCCAAAGGAAUCAUAGUCAAAACACUACGGACGAAAACAGGUAAUAUUCUGGACUGUUUUCAGCUACUUCUUUUUCUCAUAUGCAACACGUUUCUAACGCUUGGCGCAACCAUUUCGAAAAUCUGCAUAUUAAUUCUCGCCACCAAUAUUUGGGACAGAAAGUACCAUUCGGAUCCGUACGCGAGAAGAUGUUCCCGGGUUCCUGUACAACGUACUCCAAAAGGAGUUGCCGCCAUGUACCUGGCUUUGUUCUUCAUUCAAGCAGUGCCAGAUGUGGUGGCAAUUAUACGAUCGUUGAUGCGGUUCUUUAGCGGCGAUAAAGCAGGACGAGUAAGAGCGGUUUUUGUCGUGUUGGAAUUCCUACGAGCUUCUGGACUGUCCUUACUCAUCUUCACCGUUUUUCCGCAGCUGGAUCUAUAUCGAUGUUUGUGUCUAUGUGCCUGUUUCCCUAUCAUCACAGCGUUGCAACAGCUUCUGGGCGCUUGGGUUCUACCGAUCGGCUUAUUCGCCAUAUCUAUUGGAUUUUGGGAGUCAUGGGUGUCAGAGAAACAUACUGGAACCACAUUUCACGAGCUCUAUCAGGUCAAAUAUGGCCUGAGGAAGCUGAACAUCUCGACCCGUCUCAUGAUAGCUGUCGUUCGUAUCCUUGUUGUUCUUUCUGUGAUGAUCUAUGCAGCGAAAGGAAGGGUCAAGCCAUAUCUAUUUUUCAACGUUCUCACUUCGUACAGCUUCAGUUUCAGACAGACACGUCUGCUCUUGCUCGCCUUUGGGUUGAUUUUGCUAAACUUUUCACUUCGUGGUUGCGCCCGUUUCCUUGCUGCAAUCGGGAUGCGCGCAUUCUCCCUGUUCCAUCCUGUCACUAUUGUACCGGCCGUUGGGUAUGCUAUCAUCGCUUUUAUUUGCAACCAGAGAAUCUGCGGAAUUGCAAAUUUCCUUGCAAGGUUGGGUCUUCGCUGGAGCUGCGAUCAAUGGGGAAGAAAAACCCGGCCAUUCGACGACUGGUACAUCUGUAUGAUUUGGCUGGCAGUAGGAGCCUAUCGUGGGUAUCAGUUUGUACGCCAAAAAUCCUACGAUAAAUGCGACGAAGUUGUCGACUCGAUGCCGCCUGUUGCCAACGGAUUCUGUAUAGAGCAGUCACUUGUUGUUUUUCAUAUGUCGCUCAGUAAAGCGGUAAACGAUUGCGUAAAGAACGCAAUAGAACCAAUACUGGAUAUUGAUGACGAUCAUGGGGAUCCUGAUGAUGAGUUACGAGUCAGGAAUGAUGAGGUUGAUCGUAUACUGACUCUGUACAUGUGUGCAACAAUGUGGCACGAGACGGCAACGGAAAUGGCGCAAAUGUUACGCAGUAUACUAAAACUGGACGAGGAGCACGCACGAAGGCUAGGGUCUAAGAAAGCGGACCAGUUACGUUUCAGACUUGAAGGUCACAUAUUUUUCGAUGAUGCAUGGGAAGAUCGGACAGAAUUAGACAUCACAAAACGGGUUCCCAACGACUUCUUCCGUACAUUCUUCGAGACACUGAGUGAGCUGACUGGAGAGUUCGUUGAUGAAUCUGGAUCGUUAAUGUCAAGAAUACUGGUGAAUACUCCCUACGGUGGCAGGCUGGUUGUGAAACUACCAGCCGGUACCCUACUGUUUGUCCACCUCAAGGAUAAGAAGCUAAUCCGACAUAAGAAGAGAUGGAGCCAGGUUAUGUAUAUGUACUACUUGCUUGGUCAUCGUAUCAUGGAUUCACCGUUGAGCAUUGAAGAUCGUCAACAAAUGGCCGACAAUACAGUGACAUCGGAUGUGCUUGCGGUCGUAUUCAUCCUAUUGGCUCAGGCUGUAAUGCGUUUGUUGAAUCUCAUGAAUACCAAGAGUGACAUCGGAUGUGCUUGCGGUCGUAUUCAUCCUAUUGGCUCAGGCGUUAUGGUGUGGUAUCAGAAAUUCGAAUACGCUAUUGCGCACUGGUUCCAGAAAGCAGCUGAGCACGUGUUCGGAUGUGUGUUGUGCGCUCCUGGCUGCUUCUCACUGUUUCGUGCCUCGGCGCUAAUGGAUGACAAUAUUAUGCACAAGUACACCAAAACUGCUCAAGAGCCUCGCCACUUUGUACAGUAUGACCAAGGAGAAGAUCGCUGGCUCAGUACUCUUAUGCUAAAACAGGGAUACCGUAUCGAAUACGUAGCCGCAUCGGACGCAGAAACAUAUGCUCCUGAAGGUUUCGAAGAGUUUUUCAAUCAACGACGACGUUGGACGCCUUCUUCAAUAGCUAACACAAUUGAUCUGCUGGCUGAUUACAAGAGGGCGUCAGAAAACAAUGAUUCUAUAUCGAUGUCCUAUAUUUCCUACCAAUUCAUGGUGAUCUUCUUCUCUAUGCUUGGGCCUGCUAUUAUUUUCACCAUGCUUGUGUUUGCACAGGUGGCUGCGUUUGGUGUGGACUCAGCGAGAGUGAUGUUGUACAACGGUAUUCCAAUCAGUUUGUUCAUCGUUGUGUGCUUUACUACGGAGUCCAAUGUGCAGCUACUGUACGCUAAGUUGAUGUCGAUCAUCUACGCGUUUGUAAUGCUUGCAGUUUUGGUUGCGACGUCCUCGCAGAUAGUAUUGGAAACUGUGAUCUCUCCAACAUCGAUGUUCAUUGUCGCAAUGGUUCUGAUAUUCUUCAUCGCUGCCUGCUUGCAUCCGAAGGAGUUCACAAACAUUAUCUACGGUAUCGUAUUCUUCCUAAUGAUUCCAUCAACAUAUGUCUUCUUGACGCUAUACUCACUUAUAAAUCUGAAUGUCAUUAACUGGGGAACACGUGAGGCUGUCGCAAAGGCAACAGGAAAGGUGAGUGGGUUUGGAACUUUGUUAAAUAUUUUAUUAUGUCCCUUGUUUUUCUUAUGA